AUGUCUGAAAAGCGCGACGUCCACCAUCCGCUCCUCUUCGAAUGCGCCUGGGAAGUCGCCAACAAAGUCGGCGGUAUCUACACCGUCAUCAAGACCAAGGUUCCAGUAACAGUGUCAGAAUAUGGCGAUAGGUACUGCCUUAUUGGCCCGCUCAGCUACAAGACAGCGCCGAUGGAGGUCGAGCAGCAGGAGCCUCAGGACGAGCAUCUCGCCGCAACGCUUGAUCUCAUGCGGUCACAGGGCGUCAAGAUUCUCUACGGGCGUUGGCUUAUCGAGGGCGCGCCCAGAGUCCUGCUCUUCGACACCGGAAGCCAGUACAGCAGACUCGACGAGUGGAAAGGUGACCUGUGGAACCUCGCGGGGAUACCCUCACCUCCCAACGACCACGAGACGAAUGAAACCAUCGUAUUCGGGUACCUAGUCGCCUGGUUCUUUGGCGAGUACGUUUCAAGACAGCUCACUACAGCUGUCGUGGCACACUUCCACGAAUGGCAAGCUGGCCUCGCUAUCCCGCUUUGUCGCAAGCGUCAUAUCGACGUCACAACCAUUUUCACUACCCAUGCGACGCUGCUCGGGAGGUAUCUCUGUGCUGGUUCUGUGGACUUUUACAACAACCUGCAAUACUUUGACGUUGACCAUGAAGCGGGCAAGCGUGGAAUCUACCAUAGAUAUUGCAUCGAGCGGAGCGCAGCGCAUUGUGCCGAUGUCUUCACGACAGACGGCGUCGUUCCCAACGGUCUCAACGUUAAGAAGUUCCAGGCCAUGCACGAGUUCCAAAACCUACACUCAACGUCCAAGGCAAAAAUCAACGAGUUCGUAAGAGGACACUUUUACGGGCAUUAUGAUUUUGACCUGGAUAAUACGUUAUACAUGUUUACUGCGGGGCGAUACGAGUAUCGAAAUAAGGGUGUAGAUAUGUUUAUCGAGUCGCUUGCUCGACUUAAUUACCGGCUUCAAAAGACAGGAUCGUCUGUAACGGUCGUCGCCUUUAUCAUCAUGCCCGCCGCGACCAACUCGUACACCAUUGAAGCCUUGAAGGGUCAAGCCGUGACAAAGCAGUUGCGAGACACUGUAACAGAGAUCCAAAACCGGAUUGGCGCGCGGCUUUUUGACCAUGCGGCACGGUCCCAUGGCGAAAUCAAGGCGAUUCCGACCUCUGAAGAACUCUUGUCUGCGGAAGACAUCGUCCUUCUCAAGCGGCGCAUAUUUGCACUCAAACGCAACUCUCUUCCACCUAUAACGACGCACAACAUGGCCGAUGAUGCUAAUGAUCCCUAUUCUCAAUCAAAUUCGGAGGACUAUGAGGAGUUCGUGAGGGGAUGUCACCUAGGCGUGUUUCCCAGUUACUAUGAGCCGUGGGGAUAUACACCAGCAGAGUGCACAGUGAUGGGCAUUCCGAGUAUCACUACUAAUCUCUCUGGCUUUGGGUGUUUCAUGCAAGACCUCAUCGAGCGACCUGAAGACGAAGGCUGUUAUAUCGUUGACCGGAGGUCGCAAAGCGUUGAGGACUCUGUGAACCAACUGACAGAUCAUAUGUUCACCUUUUGCAAUAAAUCACGUCGGCAGCGAAUCAACCAACGGAACCGCGUAGAGCGUCUCAGCCCGUUACUGGAUUGGAAGAAUCUAGGGAUCGAGUAUAGCAAGAGCCGGCAGCUAGGUUUGAGGCGGGCCUACCCUGAUGCGUUCUAUGGCGAGGGAGAGCUCGAAGACGACGACGACUACUUUGGUGGUGGUGUCGGAAGGAUGCCUCCCUUGAGCGUUCCUGCCAGUCCGAGACUGAGGGGUACCGCGACGCCUGGAGAUAUUGGGACCCUGACGGAGGAGAUGCAACGAUUGGAAACGAGUGACUACCGGGGUCAGGCAUGGCCCGGAGGAGUCGACGAAGACGAUUCGUAUCCAUUCCCCUUGGUAAUGAAGGUAAGAUCGAGGAGCGGGAGCGUCAUGAGUGGUGCAAGCACACCUGGUGGGAGCACGUUCCGUAGUUUGAGUGAAGGUGAUUUGAAGAAGGCGGAUGCUGCCUUGAACCAAGUUAGCGUGAAUGGCAUCCAUUAA